CAUUGGUGCACAUGCCCGCACACGAAUAUGUCGGUAUCUGUGUUUAUUGCCUUUCUUGGGUCUCCGCUGGCCAUUAUUGCAAGCUGUGUUUGACCAAGGUUCAUGGUUUGUGGACUUGUGGCUAGAGGGUCAUUUUCGGAAGUGGGAAGGCAUAAAAAGCCCUGCUUUGGCCUUAUGGAUAGUAGAAAACGAUCCCAACCUUCCACCUUCAAUCCAACUACAAUCGAUCGCCUACAUGCAAUUCUCCAAUCCAGUCGCUGAUGCCGCUGAAUUCAGAAGGGAUGAAAAUACAGGCCCAAAUUACGCUCCUGCAACAUCUCGCGCUUCGACCGCGUGGUGGCCUAAACCCACUGUCGAUGGUCAAUUUGACCAGCGCUUCCAGGGUGAUUUCCCCCUUUCUCCAGAGUGGUUGGCAAUGCAGGACUCUGCACACCAGCACCAUGUGAAUGAUAAUACGGCAUUCGGGAGCAUUCCUGAGAACUCUAUGUUAUCACACUCAGAGAUAGCAGACGAUAGAACGUUUUGCUAUCCUCAAGAUCUAUUGUAUUCUUCACCUGAGGAUGAAAAUCUAAACCAACCAUAUGUUUGGAGCCAGUCCGGACAACCUGCUUGGUACAACCCAGGCCAAUUCCUUCCGUCCUUGCAGGUAAUGACACCACAGCCGUCAACAGAACCAUUGCCUACCAUGAUGCCGCGUCAAGAACAACUGACCCUUCAUGAAUGCGCAUGGAUUGAAAACGAUAAAUGGUGUGGUCAUCUCGUUUCGAAUAACAAGCGCAAACUUGGCACACAUCUUUGCGACUCUCACGGCAUACAAGGAAACGACAAGAAAGACGUUGUGUGCCUCUGGAAGGGUUGCAAUCGAAAGUUGCAAAGAGGUGCCAUCGGGCGGCACAUAGUUAGCUGCCACAUGGAGACCAGGUGGGCCUGCGAGAAUAUCAAUUGUACCAAGUCGUAUUCUCGGCGCGACGCCAUGAAGAAACACGCCAAGGACUGCCAAGCCGCAUAAGCUUGACCACUGACAGCCAGCCCAUCACAUAUUCUCACUCAUUCUUGUACUCUUUUUUUAUAUUUUUAUAUUCCGCAAUUAUUUUCCACGAUGUUAUACAUAUCUUUACCACUAGUGUAUCACUGUCAGACCACGACCUCGGACUGUAUGGGUAUGAAAUCUUGUAUACGUAGUAUGUCUCGUCAUCGGCACUCCUUCAAUAUGAUGUAAUCUUAGCCCAUUUUAUAAAAUGAUGAUAAAAUUCCACUGGCUCUACUGGUC